AUGUCUGGACGUGGCAAAACAAGCGGCAAGAUGAAGGCGAAACCGAAGACUCGUUCUUCCCGAGCCGGGCUUCAAUUCCCGGUGGGACGUGUCCACAGGCUGCUCCGCAAGGGGAACUACGGCGAGCGCAUCGGUGCCGGAGCCCCGGUCUACUUGGCGGCUGUUCUUGAGUAUCUCACCGCCGAAAUUCUGGAGUUGGCUGGCAACGCGGCCCGCGACAACAAGAAGACCAGAAUUAUCCCCCGUCACUUGCAGUUGGCGGUCCGCAACGACGAAGAACUCAACAAGCUUCUGGGCGGUGUCACUAUCGCUCAGGGUGGCGUGUUGCCGAACAUCCAGGCCGUUUUGCUGCCCAAGAAGACCGAGAAGGUUAAGCAGUCCAAGUAA